CUCUCCUCACACUCCAACCUGCUCAUCUCUCAGCUGGACAGUAAGGGCCGUUCACACCACACACUGACAACAUGCUGGGGACACUCUGCACUCUCAUCGUUGUGCUUUCAUUUGUGAGUGGAGUGACAGUGGUGACACAGAAGCCUCCUGUUCUGACAGUGAGUAAAGGAGAUACGGCCACUAUGAACUGUAAUCUGGGGACUGUGACUGAUCGUGCUGCUUGGUGGUACAAGCAGGUUCCAGGAGAAGUUCCUCAGUUUGUGUUGCAUUACCACAUCACCGACAGCUCUCCCACAUAUGGAGCUGGAUUCUCCUCCAGUCACUUCUCUUCUAAAUGUCAGACUAAAUCUGACUGUCAGUUAAUAAUUAAUAAUGUGGAGGCAGGAGACUCAGCAGUGUAUUACUGUAACACAUGGGACACCACAGCUAAAGAGUGGGUAUUCGGCCAAGGCACUAAACUGAUUUUCACGGACUCUUCUCUUGCUGCGCCAACACUCUCUCUCCUGCCUCCGUCCAGCGAGGAGCUGAAGACAGGCAAAGCCACGCUGGUGUGCCUGGCGCAGAUGUCUGUUGGCUUCGCAGAUGUCAGCUGGACAUCGGGGGGGGAAGCCGUUACUGGCGAUGUUUUUACUAGCGCCGCCGAGCAGAAAUCCGACAAAAACUUCGGUUUGAGCAGCUUCUUAACCAUCAAGACCUCCGAAUGGAUUAAUGGCUGCUUCUUUACAUGUAAAGUAUCGGCCGGGUCUAAAACCUCAGAGAAAAGAAUCAAACAUUCUGAUUGCAGUGAGUAAACUUUGUGCUUUCAAGACUCACGUUUGAUCUCGCGUUGUAGCAAGGUUAGUCACAUGUUGUGUUGUUUUAGAAUGUACAUUAAUAGCCUCCGCUUUUGAGAUUAAAUAUAGGCAAUUCCGUGCGUUUUUGUGUGUCUGCUUGAAAUGUUCAGAGAUUAAAUAAAAACCAUUGCAUAUUAAAA